AUGAUCCAACAAGGGGUGAAGCCUGAUGUUGUCACUUACAGUUCUUUGAUGGACGGAUUUUGUCUGUGUAACCAAAUGGAUGAAGCUACAAAAUUAUUUGAUCAUAUGGUAAGCAGUGGCAUAGCUGAUGUCUUUAGCUGCAACAUCUUGAUUAAUGGAUACUGCAAGAGCAAAAGGAUAGAUGAAGCAACAAAACUUUUUUAUGAAAUGAUUAAAAGUAGUUUAGUUCCCAACUUUGUUACUUAUACUACUCUUAUUAAGGGAUUGCGGGAAGCGGGCGACUGGAAUUGGUAUCUUGAUGAGGCACUCACACUAUUUAAAGCGAUGGAAAAGAGUCGGUUGAAGCCUGAUUGUGUGAGUUUUACCAUUUUGAUUGAUGGUAUGUGCAAAGCUGGGAGGCUUAAUGAUGCCAAAGAACUAGUUUUUAGGCAUUUUGAAAAAGGCUUACAGCCUAAUGUAUAUACAUAUAGUGCAAUAAUAAAAGGCCUUUGCAAAGAAGGAUUAUUAGAUGAAGCAUACAAAGUUUUUAGAGGAAUGGAAAAGAGCGGAUGUUUACCGAAUGGUUGCUGUUAUAAUGUGAUUAUUCAAGGAUUUCUCGGUCAUAAGGAUGUAGCAAAGGCAACACAGCUUAUUGAUGAAAUGGUUGAUAAAGGAUUCUCUGCAGAUGCCAGCACCUUCGAAUUGGUAAUACAUUUAUCGCGCAAUGACGAUCUCAUUCUGAGAAAACUAUGA